AUGGCCCACUCACCGAAUCAAGAUCCGCAUUCACCGAGCUUCGCCUCCUUUCCAGCAAGUCGGCAAGCCGGGACCUCUCCAAGCUCACUUGGGGUCCCGGAGUCUGCACCGACACGAACGACUUCGCCUACGCAGUACCAGUUCAUAAUGCAGACUGGCGAUGAGAGCGUAGCAACCGCAAAACAGAAUCUGAAAACUGUACGGAGUCACGUUAUGAAAAAUUAUUUGCACCAGCAGCAGCAACGGCAGAGCGGUGUUUCUGGGGAGGGAUCAUUCGCCACAGCGAGCGGCACAAAGAGGGAAGAGAAACAGCGGGCAAGGUCGGCUCGUUCCGCAUCUCGCGAGAGUAGGCAGGGUGCGGGUAGUCCAGCCGUCUCGGAGGGCGGACGUGAACGUUCAGCGUCGACUGAUGUCGGGUCAAUGUUCUCGGCGCUUUCUUUCUCGAUACCAUUCUCCGGUCCUAGGCAUAGCGGACUGGCGAAUUCCGGCCAUGGACAACCUUUUACGUUCGGGUUCAGCUCCACUCCUCCCCAGGAUGAAGUGUCUGCAUUCGCACAGCAGUACAUCGCAGUCCUAGCCCAAGACAAAAGAGCUGGUCUCCUGGAGCCAAGCUUUGAGACGUUGAAGGCGAAGGGCGAGACUAUGCGAAUUGUCCAGAAUACUUUGACAGUGUGCGGAAACAGUAUCCCACAGUCGAUCAUAUUCGCCGUUUCCCUGUUAGCAUACGGAUGUGCUACUGAUGGACAAUGGGACGAAUCGAGGGGUCACGUCGAGGCAUUGCAGCGUCUUAUCGAGAUGCGAGGAGGAAUCACCACGGUUGAUUUCGAAUUGCAAAGGACGCUGACAUGGGCGACUUACUAUUUGGCAGCUGCAAUGCGUCUAUCGCCACGGUUCCCGCCUCCGCUUUUCCACAAUGUCCGCGCGUUCCCGUUAGCUUUGCACGACGAGGCGCAAAUUCGUGCUUGGCGAACGGUCAAGCGAUUCCCAAAGAAUGCUUCCUUUAUAUUCGAAAUCGUAACGCGUCUUCAUCAACUAGGCUUGGCAACAUCCUCCGAAUGGUGCAAUGAUAUCGAUCAGCAGGCUUUGAGCAACUUGGUCUUUGAAGCCAUGCAUACCGCUGUUAGAGUCCAGAUAGAUCGGCCUUGGACCGGAGCACUGCCGGCUGGGAAUUCAGGGCAGGAAGCGGCAACAAUGUUCGAGGUUUGGGCAGCCGGCUUGCCGCUGUUCGUCUGGGCCACAGUCCGUCAUGCGAGGACACGGAUGGGAUACCUUUGGCAUCGUUGUAAUCCCGAUCCAAUCAUGUCAAGAGUCAGAGAGUUACUGGAAAGUACUGGGGGCUAUCAUGCAUGGCCUCGAGGAAAGAGCCUAGAACCCGUUCUAGCGACGCUGUUUUACUGCUUUGAAGCAUGCGGUUUUGAAAGUCCUUGGCGGCUAUGGUGUAUGGAUACCUUGCGGAGAGUCGUUGAGAUUUUAAAGCUCAAGACCGUCGAGGACCUUGGAAAAGCUCUUGAGUUCUUCCCUUCCACGGAGGAGUACCAAGCUGCAGCGGAUGACCUCUGGAGGGAGAUGACCCAGGGAAGUGUGGCAAGUAUAUAG